GAGGCAGUGCAAGAUUUGGUCUCAGCACUGAAGGUGGAGGCAGGAGUAGUGAUCCCAGCAAUCCUGUCUUUAAAGCAUGAAGCCCAAGGGUUGAUCACUCAAUGGCUUCUUCAGCAUGGCAGGACUGUGUUAACUGAGCUUGUUGCUACUGAAGACCUUUCAAAAGAAGAAACACUCAGGGACCUUCUUAUGAUUGCAAAAGCACUAAUUAAAAUUUGCAAGGAUUCACAAUAUCACAUCUUCUACACAGAUGUUUUGAUUGCAAACGGAUGGUACGAAGAGGCCCUCGCUCACCUUCAGGAGGCGUGUGGCCACUGUCUCACUGAUGACUUUGCUAGUGCAAGACUAGCUGUGCUGCAGCUGAAGAAAAACAUGCCAGUGGCAGCUCGCUCAUUCAGCAUCCUGGCUAAGAAAGAUGAAAGGGAGUUGGGGUUUCUCCUGAACUUCGUAGACGCUAAGCAACAGCAGCAUCUCUCUCAGAUAGCAGCCCAAGAAGGAAAUGUGCUGAUUAAAGAAUAUCGCUAUGAGAAGGCUCUUGGUUAUUACACCCUGGCCGUCUUGACAAGCAAAGAUAAUCCAAGGCAUCUCCGACAGAGAGCUGCUUGCCUUAUGCACCUGAAGAAAUAUGACAAAGCCUUAAAAGAUAUGGAGAAAGUGAUCCAGAAGCAUGGCCAUAACAGCCUUAAAACACGCGUUGAGGACCACUGCUCAAAAGGACACCUGCUAUUGUCAAUGGCUGAGGAGGAAGCAGCAGUUAAGCAGUAUAUUGAGGCACUGCAGUUGGAUGAAUCUAUGGCAUUGUGCAGCAUCAUGAAUGACCCUGGCAAUGAAAUUUUAACCAAAACAUUUCAUAAGAUUGCACAAUAUCAUUUUGAAAUGCAGCAUUAUGAAGAGGCCUGGAAAAUCACAGACUAUGGUCUUAAAAUUGAUAAAAAUACUGAACUUAAAAAGUUGAAAACCAGACUUAAGCGAGAGGCAUCAAGCUGUAGCAUAUAUUAA